AUGAGUGAAGUAUAUUGGUCAUUCGAUGGUAUAACACCAGAUCUUUAUAAUGUUUAUAAUGGAAUAUUAAUAAAUAAUUCAUCAUAUACUCUAAUAUUAUCAAAUCAACCAUCUAUAGGACAAGAUCGAGGACUUAGUUUAUUAUCAUUAUUAAAUCAAUAUUUUCUUGUUUCAACACCAUUUCUUAAUUUGAAUUCAAUAAGUUUUACAAUUGAAUUAUGGAUUUAUCCAAUUAUAAAUAAUACUGAAGAUUAUGGUAUAUUUAGUCAAUGUCGAUGUUCAACAUGUACAAAUCAAUGUUUUUAUUUAAUUAUACGAUCAUUUCAUUUAUUUGUAAGUUUUAAAAAUAAUGAUUUAAUUAGUAAUAUUAUAUUAAUCAGUAAUACAUGGUAUCAUAUUGCAUUUAUUUAUAAUUAUAAUACAGAAGAACAAAUAUUAUAUAUUAAUGGAAUACAAGAUAAUAUUAAAUUAAAUGCAAACUCUUAUCAAAUUACAAAUGGUAUUAUUGAAAUAGGUGCAUCAAAAAUUGGUUUAAUAAAAAAUUCUUUUAAUGGUUAUAUUGAUAAUUGUAAAAUAACAUUACGAGCAAAAUCUUCUAUAGAAAUUUUAAAUGAUGCUACUUUGACAGCAUAUUAUUCAUUUGAUUUACCAUAUCCAAAUAAUGACGAUGGUCCAAAUGGAUUNAUCCUCACUCUAAUAAAGAGUAUAAAGCCCAAAUUUUGGUACAUAAUAGGUCUUCAUAUCAUGGACAUGUACUGUAAAUAUCAGCGUUUCAAAUCAAAUAAUGACGUGAAAAAAGAAAAUUUAAUAAGGGAAUCAGAACUUAGCUAA